AUGUCUUUCCUUCAUGGAGUUCUUGAGAGUGUGAGAGAUGAUGAAAGUGUUACAAAAUAUAGUGAUAUUAAUGAUAUUAACAAUGUUAUUAAGAAAUUAAAUGAUAGUGUAGGUAAAGGCCGUGAGGCCUUCCGUGUCGCCGUGACUCAGGUGGAGGAGAAAAUCAAGAAUGUUACAGGGCCACUUAGCGUACUUAAGAAUGACAUUAAACAACAUAAAGAUAAUAUUGAUGCUGAAAGUGUUCAUGACAUUAGUCAGCAAAUUACCGACUGGAUAUACCGUGCUCAGUGGUAUAUUGAUAGGGCCCAACGGGCUGAUGAAGCGUUAAAUGACAUCGAUCCACAACUUUCCGGUAAGUUAAAAUGUAAUAUUUCAUUGUUGUUGCAGGCCACGAGGACUUUUCUGAAGACGGCGGAAAACAACGAUCUUGACGUCAUGUUUCAGGUGACGGAGAAGAAUUUGAAUGAGGUUAUCACGUAUGCCGCAGAGAAAUUUCAGGGGAGCAUUCAGCAUCUCAAAAAAUAUUUCAAAUAUCAUAUCGGAAAAUUACAUAGGAAGCUUGAGGAAUUGCGUGAUGGUCAAUUUAAUAACCUAAAAACUUUUGUCGAGACAGAUAUUCAGAAUGCUCUCGACACGGUGAGCGAAGAUACCAAAAUGCUAGAAUGGAGGUAUGUGGUACAGGUUGUCAACAAUGUUAAUGAGAUAAAAACGAAGACACAAGAACUUAAAGGUCAGAUUCAACGAGAGAAGGAGAUCCUUAGAAGUCAGGUGGGUGAGUUGCAGAAACGCAUUAAUGAUCUUAAGGAGGCUAGCGCGGCUGUUAAGACUGCGAUAAAAGAUGAUACUUUGGAUAGCAUUAAAAGUCAUUUGAAUUUGGAUCAGAAAAUAAUUGGACUUAAAGAGGAGUUAAAUGAGAAGUUGAAGGAUUAUGUUAUAGAGUAUGUCAAAUUAGUCAGAGAAAAGGUUGGAUUGAUUAAAAAUGCUGUUGGGAAUAAAGGCAAACAAAUUGGUGGCGGGAAAAGUAUAGAUCAUAAUUGGGAAAAACUUAAAGAGGAGGUUGCGAGGCUAGUUGGAGAAAUUAAUGGUAAUGGAGAAGAUUAUAAAGGCCUCAACGGUAUUAGAGAAAGAGUGAAGGGGUAUGCGGGGACGUUUAAAAGUAAGUUUGAAAGUGACAUUCUGCCUGGGUGGAUAAAAGGGAUUUUGCAACAUAAUGUAAUUGUGAAGAAGAAGCUAGAUAGGUAUGUUGAAUUAUAUAGGAUAAACUUAGGAGAUUCGUAUAAAACCGUGGAAAACAUCAUUCCAAAAGUUAAGGAGACGAUCGUAGAAAACAUUCAAGAAGCUAUAAAGCAGGUUAAGACACAGAUAGCCUCUGCCGGUGGCGAUAUGAAGACAAAUAUAACAGCUGUAAUUAAUAGUUGCAAUGUAUUUGCCAGUCAGAUUGAGACAAAAAUUAAGCAGACGGAUGAAGCUGAGGGGUUCAGUUCGGCGGGUAGUGUUGCCCUUGUCUCAACUAUAGUGAAAGGGAUGGAGAAAAUUGUGGUGCAGAACCAUAAUGGAUCUUAUAAUAAAGGCUACCUCACUGAGGCCAUCACACUGACCCUUACUGCGUUAGUCGCUUCCGCCAGGCAGACUGCCAGUGUGCUCUGGCAUUUUACCCACAAGAAUUCCAAGGCUCCCGCUUACAACCUCGCCGAUAAUGUGGAGCUGGCAAUGGGUGAUGUAGAACUUAUCGGCAAGGAAUUUUUUACGAAAACAGGUAACAGUUUUGGCAGAGAUAUUCAGGUAUCACUGGACGGUGUAAAAUCAGAAAUUCAGUCGCUUGACACUCAGCUUGGUACGGCGCUUAUCCCUUCCCCUACCCCUCCUUCCACCUCCACCCUCAGCAACACGGUUGACCUUAACGACAAAAUCGAUGCUAGGGUUAAACUAAACAUUGACGCUGCGAAUAAUAGACUCAAAGAUCUCCUUAAAGCCACGGCAGAUAAAGCCAUCGGGAAGAUGCAGGAUGCCAUUAAUGUAAUUGUUGAUCCCGCCAAAGGUGCUGAAACAACGCUCACAAAAAUCAAAAUGGAACUUGAAAAACUUCAAACUAAAAACAACGUAGAAGGAGACAACAGUGCCUCUGAUCUGCACGAAAAGGCGACAGAGCUUGAAACUAAGAUCAACAUGACUUUGAUUAACGCUGGUAAAAUGAACGAUAAGGAUGGCGAUGAGAAAAAGACUGUUUUCGCUGCAUUGACGAAACUGAAGGAUGAUAUAAAAGCUUUCGGUACAAAGCUUGCUGAGGCGAAGAAAAAAGUGGGAUUAGUAGAAAACGAAUUGAAAGAGUGUAUCAACGAUACCGAUAAGCUUUUCAAAGACAUCCCUGCGGGUGUUGAAUAUGCCAUGAAUCAAUUACAUCGUGACGUCAAAAAGAAAAUGACUGAUGCCUUCCACUCUGUACUAGACGAGGCUAAGCGGCGAUACUCCGCGACGAAGAAUAGAGAAGUUGAAGCGUUGCAAAAAAUUGUCAACGCGCAAUAUGAAAUAAUUACUGAGAUCAUCGCAAAGGACAAAAUCACAGGCCUCAAAGGCCUUAUGCCGAAAAUUUACGGCGGCAAUAUUCCAACUUCUCAAGCCCCUCCGCUUGUUCCAUCUCAGGAGUCCACAUUACUCACCAAACUUAAUACUGCCGUAAAUUCACCAGACAAAGAUGAGGGAACCAAAUUCAAAGAAUUAUCUGAAGCAUCUAAGAAUUAUUUAGAUCCCAUAUUAGAGUAUGUCUCUUCCCAAGUCCACUCCCCUCACUCCUCCCAGUCCCGCUCCCCCCAAGUCGGCCACCUCAAACAGCAACUGGACAACUUACUCACUAACCUAAAAUUAGACAACAAACAAUAUCACUUCGACCACACGUUUACUGGUGACCUAGCCGCACUAACCCCCAAGCAGUUCAACGGCCACCAGCACCCUGAGCUGCUCGACGCGCUAGCCGCGGGAGCGAAGCGACUGGCGGAGGAACUGGGCAAACAGUACGUGAACAGGUACAGCGGACUGAAGUGGGCAGACAUUGGCGAGCCUGAUAGAGAGAAGUGCGCUAAGGUGUUGCUCACGUUGUUGUCCACAUUGAAAACAAAUUUAAGCAAGUUGAGAAAACUAUGUCUCUCAUCAGGUAAAUUCAAGCAAAUUAAGAAAUCCAACGAGCUUGGGGAAUUCUUUUUCAGUCAAGGCUUCAAUGUCUCCGAAGACGGCAAACAACACUGGGAGCUGCAGGACAAGAGUAAAAUGGACGGCAGAAAUAUUCACAAAUGUCUUGUGGGCGACCGUGAUCACGUUUACCACUCCGACAGGGAGGCCAAACGCUCUUUAGAUAUUCUUGUCGAACACCUAAAUCAAUAUAAUCAAGUUAGCCAUCAUGCCACUUUAUCAGCCAAAAAACAUCCUUGUAACGUCUAUCAGAUGCUCAGUUGGCUCACCGGCCUCCCACAUAAUCACAUCUAUAACCAACUUAAAGAUCACAUUACAAAUAUGUUUAAAGUACCAGAUAAGAAUGACCCAUCUAAGAAAAUCGUUAAACCAGUUGAAGCAUAUCCAUUCCAGUUUACCAAUAACAACGUACAUGAUGCACUUAAACACCUAGCAUCCCGCUGUCAGAAUCUCAUCUGCACCAUUGCCGGUCAUGGUGAUGCCCUAACCACAUAUGGCUGUGACUUCUCCAGUAACGCACUUCAAUUACAGUAUUCAUCCAGUCCUGCUGCGUGUUUUGAUACUCUCGUUGACUUGCUUCGCCGACUCUUCCCUCCACUGAAAUUCCUACAAAUACAAUGCAAAUACAGUGCCAGAGAUUUCGGCUGGGCUGACUGCAUAUACGGCAAUGGUAUCUAUCCAUCAAACUGGCAAUGUAACGACCACCCAAGCAACCAACCAAAAUGCCAGUCAACGUGCCGACCAGCGUCCCCCCUGCAGUCCUAUCUAAACGAUUGCCUACCAGGGCAUCUGCCGCACCACCUUAGUUCCAUUGGUUGCAGGACUACUUGUAGCACGUGUCCUUCGACAUCCAAAAAGGGUAUGCCUUGCAUGACGCCUCUUGGUUUCAGAGCGUUCUCAGGCUCCACAAAGACGGGUAAAGAGCUCUGUGAGAUUAUAAACAAAAUAUUAGCCAAUGGCUAUUUAGCAGCCCUGUUCUGUCUCGUUCCGAAGGCCCCGUCUUCUUUGCCGGAACAUUUUAGCUUUGUCCUUGGAUUGGUUAGCGAUUGGCAUGGUGCAUCUAAUUACGACAAGACAAGUGUCCAAAAGGCCUUCGAGAGCUCUAUUAAAAGCGCGUCCAUUAGCCUUUACGAGAAUCCUCCAGAGCUGACCAGCGCACUCCGUAAUGCGUAUAACAGCAAGGAGACUCAUCACGGUACAAGACAUCGUGAGUUUAACACAUCGGACUUGUCAAGUCUGUCGAUUAAAAAGCCGUGUAUGCUUGCUCACGAAGACGUUUAUUGUGCUCCCUACCUCUUCUCACUCUACUGUGAUUCGUAUCACUAUAUUGCGGGAAAAUAUGCUGAUGCAUAUCUCUCAUGGGCGCUUUACCUCCCGGGAAAAGCCUUAGAUGAUAUUGAUGAGCGCAAGAAGUCUCUUGAAAAUCUUAAAGAAAGUCUUGCCAAAUUCACUGAACAUGAUAAUUGUAAAAACCUUUUAACAAAUCUCACUGAAGGCUUAGAAACCUUCCUCGGCUUCGACAAAGAUUCCAAAGGCUACGACGGCACUGGCAUCGUGUACUCGGACCUCGACAGGCUGUGCGACGGGGUGAUGGCGUUUAUCCUCCAAUGUCUUCAAGGCAGUAAAACGCUUUUACAUCACUAUUAUCCUCAGAUUAUUGACACUAUAAGAGAUUUAGAGAGUAAAAUAGGUAAGGGCCUUGGUGUUACAGGAUUUGCGCAGGCCAUUGGGAUUGUGCAGCGUGGGCUGCGGGAGUAUGAGAGUGUUUUAUCUACAAGAACGGAUGGAGUUACAUCACAAUUAACUUCACUUAGCGGCACAAUUAGCAGACUAAACACUGAAUUUAAUAAUAUGCAUAAUAGUAAAUUAGCUGAGCAGAUAGAUAAGAUUAAGCCGCAGGCGCAAUACUAUUUGCUGAAGGCCGAAGCAGCCGAGGCUGCAAGGAACGAGUUGGACGGCACGCUUAAAGGUAAGUUGGAAUGUAACGUGAAAUCGGUGUUGCAGGUUGUGAAGAGUUUCAAGGAGGUUGCAGAGAAGCAGGAAGUGAGGGACCAAGCGAGCCGUGUCGAUAGUGAACUUGACCAUCACAGACAGCAAGUUAAUCAUGCUAUUACUACGGGCGUCUCAGGCUUGCAACAUAAGUUCAGCGUCGAGUUUGACAAGAUUGGGAGUGAAUUGGCGACUUUGAAAAAUAAGAAAUUGACUGAGAAGAUGACGUCAAUUGUGGAUGGUGUGAGUGAGGCGAGGAGAACGGCCGACGAGUUGCUUCAGAAUUUUGACAAUGACUACAGUGAUUUAAUUACUGGGAAAUUCACGGAGAUUAAAGAGUCACUGAAAGAUGUUAAUAUAGACACAUCCUUUGGUGGAACAGGAAAGGCGUCCAAGCUCAAGAAGCAUGUCGCCGAUCUGAGGUCUAAGGUUGGAGAGUUGGAGGAGAUAUAUCAAAAUGUGUUGAAAACGAUUAAGAGGGAAGUUAACUCGGCGGUUGAUUCAACGAGAACUACAGUUGACGAUCUGAAAGAAAAGAUUAAAGAGGACUUGAAGAAGCUCAGGGACACGACAGUUAAGAAUGCGAUCGAAACGUUUUCCAAGAGGUUGAAUGAAGACGUUAAAAUAAUGUCGCAAGUUGCUGAGGCAAGUGGCGAUUUGAGUAAGCUGAAGCUUAAAGCGUUGAAGAGGUUAGCGGAAGCUGCUCAGCAAAAAACGCUACAGUAUGAGAAUUCUGAGCUCGGAGCUGCUCAAAACUCAAUGGAUUUAGAGGAGCUCAAUCACGGUUUCAAAACCAUACUAGGGAAAUUCACAUCUACCAGCUCGGCAACUAACGUCCCCAAAACAUUCGUCGAUACAAUGACAUCGGAUAUUAACGAUGCAGUAAAAGAUGCGUUGGAUAAGAUUGAGAAUAAGGAUCCCGGUUCGACGUUUGAUACUCACAUGGAAAAUUUUAGAAACCACAAAUUAUUAAAGGUUAACAGAAACUGGCAUCCAAUCAGACAAGCUAUCGAUAAGUAUUUUGAUAAGAAGCAAAAUGAUGUAAUAGAUGUAGAGACACUUGGAGAUUAUUUUUCUAAACUUGAUGCGUACAACAAAACUAUGAAAGAUGUCAACAUUAUAAUAAACAAAUUGGAAAACAUGCCCACCGACGUUGAUAACAAGAAUGAGCAAACGUCACAACUUCUUCAGCUGCUUAGGCAACAGAUUGAAAAUGUAAAAGAUAAAAUCGACGACAUCGAGGACAGCGUGAAUAAUGCCGCAAGUAAAAUAAGAGAAGCCAUAAACCGUGUUGAACAAACUGCUAGCACAGCACGUACCGCUGCAAAAUCCGGCCUUGAAGACUUACAAUCCACCCUCCUAAAACAGGUAGAAUCAUCCUUCUCCACCCUCACCCACCAAGUCCAAUCCCUCUUCGCGAAGCAGAAGCAGGCCGAGCUCACGCAGCUGCAGAACGUCAUCGAGACGCAGUUGGAGGCGAUUAAUGACAUAAUCAGGGAGGAUAAGGCGACGGGGGUGAAGGGAUUUUUCAAGGAAAUGAAUAGGUUACUUGGAAGUCAAUUUGAGAGGUCUUCUCUCAGUGAUGGUAUGAAAUUACCUGAGCUAGCCGAAAAGGCUUUUGGCUUUUUCGAUCCAUUGUUCGAAUAUGUCGAUGACGAAAUAAUGCCAAAGAAUUCCAAAGGUUUACGUACGCUGCAGUCUCAGCCUUCAGACCCUUACGUCACUAAGGUUAGGAACAUCAGCAGUAAACUGAGCGCUUUGCUUCGCCAUCUCACCAACAAUUCAACCAGGAACUAUAAUUUCAACCACAACUUUGCGACUAAUUUAGCCUCACUUAUAGAUGCCGUAAACGAGUUUGGUGCUGUUAAAUUCGGUGAAGGCCAGCACCCGGACCUACUUAACAUUGUAAGAACCGGCAUGAAUGACUUUGCCAAGCAGCUGAAAUAUGCCUACAUUAACAUGUAUGAUACUCAAAGUAUUAAGUGGCAAGAGGUUAAAGACGAUGACUUCGUGCUGACCGAAAGCGCAAUGAGAUGCGCGAAAAUAGCCUUGACCACAGUUCCCAUCCUUUUGUCAGAAUUUGAGGUGUUGCUGAAGAACACUAGCAUUGCCGGUGAUUGGUAUACUCUCAGCAUACAUCUACAUAAUAAUAGUAAUGCACUUGGCGCUUUCUUUAAAACUGCCGGCUACGGAGUUCCGAAGAGUGAAGACAUGAGCAAUGAGGAGUUGAAAAACAAGGAAGACUUUUGUGGUGAGCAGAUUCAUGAUCUCCUGACCAAGACCAUUACGCACAAGUUUAUCAAUACCAACAAAUCUGUCCAAAUCAUCGAUGGUCUGGCCAUCGAACACGAGGAGCAGAAUGGUUUGUUACAGAAACUGCAUGGCUGCCUUGUAAAAUACUUCAGCGUUUGUCACCUCACUCACAUCGACAAACCCAGGUCACCAUGUUCCAUUUACGAGAUGCUGGCAUGGUGUGCCGGCCUGCAGUUCAACUCCAUUUUUGAACCACUGUGCUCUUACUUCAAGGAGCUGUUCCAGAAACCCAAGGACCAAAAAGAUGUGCCAUAUGACCAAAUUGAAAAUAGCUCACUCAGCUUAGUCGGCACUAAGACAAUACAUCCUAGCCACUUGGUCACUGCGCUUAACGAUGUAUGUUCCCGAUCUUAUUCCCUGCUGGUAGGCAUCCUUGGCAACGGUCACGCCAACGGCGUUUACGCUUGCGAAUUCCCAAGCAACUCACUCAAUUUGUCGUAUCCGUCUUCUCCAUCACAGUGCUUGGCUAUUCUUGCAGACGUAUUAUAUAGAUUGUAUCAGCAGCUUAUUUUCCUAUACCAACAGUGUAAGCAUGGUCAGUUUUGUAGUGGGUGGAAUAAGUGUUGGUAUGGUCAGGGAAUUGCCGGCUCAUCGUGGAGUUGUAAUACUCUACAAUGCCCCAACCAAACAGGUGACCAAAACGCUGACCAAAAAGGUAACCAAAAGCACAACCAAACGUGUGACCAAAAGUGCAAGCAACAUAGUGACUGCGGUAUUAAAUCGCCGUUACAGUCUUUCCUAGAGGACGGCCUAGUAGGCUUCCUCCCACAUCAGCUUACAAAAUUAGGCUGUGGAGUGGCAUGUUCACUUGGUGAUCACAGAGGUCAGCCGUGUAUUACACCAAUGGGUAUCCCAGAUCUCAGUGCGAUGGCCUCUCACAGGCAGGCGGGCAAGUAUCUGGAGGAGGUGUUGUACGAAUUUUGUGGCAAGCCAGACAAACCACUUACACAACUCUGCAGUUAUCUAACAUGUAUGUCACAACGCACGCCGCAGACCCUUGGUGACCUGUUCGCCUUUUACUCUAAUUUCCUUGACAAGUGGAAUUCUAACGACGGCCAUAAACGUUAUGCCUUCGUUAACGCCGUCCAAAGUGCGAACUUUGGGGAUCCGAAAACAACUCUCGAAAUCGGUCCCAUGUUCGGCAGCAGUGACCACGCUGGACAGACGCAUCCCAACGCCGACCUUCACUCGCUUGUCAAAUGCGAAAGCAACAGCGGUGAUGCAUCCCUUCCCUGCGGUCCAUACCUUAUGCCAAUUUGCCGUGACAUUUGGAACACGUUCUCCAGUAAGAACUCCGGUAAAUAUCUCUCAUGGAUCGUUUACCUCAGUGAAACGUUCUAUGACCUGUUGAAAAAAUUGUAUGACGACUGCUGUGCAACGUGCGACAGGAAGGGUACGCGGUGUUACGAAAAAUGCUGUGCUGAGAAAUGUAAAGUGAAAUAUACUGAUACAGAUGGAAACUCCAUUACUCCAUCUACAGACGACAAGCACACUUCAGACUGCAGUUCCAUCGUCAAAUGCCCGCAUACCUUGCGAACCUUGUCUAAGUAUGGUUUCUAUUUUGGAAGCUCAUGGCGAAUGAGCGGUGAGCGUGGAGAGAAGACUAAGCGCACGUGUAGAGACCUAUGCCAGGCACUGGACAGAGUGCUGAGUAAAAAGAAAGAAGACCGCGCAGCGCUAGCGAAAUUAAUUUACGAGACAAUUCCCAAUUUCUUAUGGAAAAUCAGAGAACCAUUCUCCCUGACAUUGGUCGCCCUCUGGUCGCUCUCUUUGCUCUACCUGCUGCACAUCACCGUCGUCCGCCUCGACGUGCUGAGGAUACGCUCCCACCUGAGAUCACCCUCAAGCCACCGCAUCGCCGCGCAGUCCCUCCUCGCCGCCGCACGCGUCAGGGCACUCGCCAACGUCAAGUACUUCUCACCAUAA